GCGUAAUCUAAUUUCCAUUUGAUGCUUUUGUUUGAUCGAGCGAAAGGCAAGACUUGUCAGGAAAUAUUUUUUGUUUGCUUGUAAUUACGGCUGAAUUUUUUGUGUUAGAGAGGUAGGCGUAGUUGUAGUUUCUAUGGUGCAGCCAGGGGAUUGCCUGGUGAGGUGUGCGCGUUGCAAGAGCACGCUGACGGUGGGGGGAGGAGUGGAGACGUUCCAGUGCCCCAAUUGUCAGCUGCAGCAGAUGCUUCCAUUGGAAGGGCAGGUGCAACAAGGGCAGGUCCUCCUUUCGCUCCCUCUUCCACUCCCUCUGCCCCUCCCUCUCCCCUUGCCGCCUCCUCCUCCGCUACCUCUUCCUCUUCCUCAGGGGAUCGAUCCCUCCAAGCGUCAGCUUCGCUGUGCCAGUUGCAAGUCAGUUCUGAAUGUACCACACACGCUCAGUAGAUUCAUGUGUCCUCAGUGCGGAACAGCUCUCGAAGUUCCCCCACUUGAUGCAUCAUUCCCCUUGCCCUCUCAUCCACAGGAAAUAAACGAGGUGGCUGUAGAUGUAGAGGCAGAAGAAGAUGAAGGUGGGAUUAUUGGAGAAACUUUUACAGACUACCGCCCUUCAAAACUGUCAAUCGGACCACCUCAUCCCGAUCCAGUUGUAGAGACAUCAUCCCUAUCUGCCGUACAACCUCCAGAGCCCAUUUAUGAUUUAAAAAUUGCAGAGGAAGUGGAGAAAUCAGGAGCAUUAUCUUGCCUACAAUUAGAGACAGUCAUCUAUGCAUGCCAGAGGCAUCUUCAACACCUCGAAGAUAGGUCAAGGGCAGGAUUCUUUAUCGGCGAUGGAGCAGGUGUAGGAAAGGGGCGUACAGUUGCAGGAUUGAUAUGGGAGAAUUGGAAGCAUGGAAGACGUAAAUCAUUAUGGAUCUCUGUUUCAUCUGACUUGAAGUUUGAUGCACAAAGGGAUUUAGAAGAUGUGGGUGCCACAUGCAUUGAAGUCCACGCUUUGAACAAAUUGACAUAUGCAAAGCUUGACUCAAAGGCUGUUGGCAUCAAGGAAGGAGUCAUAUUUUUAACAUACAGUAGCCUUAUAGCAUCCUCAGAGAGAGGGCGUUCUCGGUUACAGCAACUGGUGCAGUGGUGUGGGACAGAAUAUGAUGGGCUUCUGGUGUUUGAUGAGUGUCACAAGGCUAAGAAUUUGGUUCCUGAGACAGGAGGUCAGGCUACUCGAACUGGUGAGGCUGUUCUUGAAAUUCAGGCUAUUAAAAACUUCCGUCCAUACAAAUUAUUCUGGCAGUUACGUUUGCCAGAAGCACGGGUGGUUUAUUGCUCAGCUACAGGAGCUUCAGAGCCACGUAAUAUGGGGUACAUGGUGCGGCUUGGACUUUGGGGAGAAGGAACAAGUUUUCCUGAGUUCCAGUAUUUCUUAGGGGCGCUCGAGAAAAGAGGAGUUGGAGCUCUUGAGCUUGUUGCAAUGGAUAUGAAGGCUAGGGGCAUGUAUGUUUGUCGAACACUAAGCUUCCGAGGGGCAGAGUUUGAGGUGGUGGAAAUACCUUUGGACCCCAGCAUGAUGAAAAUGUAUACUGAGGCCACUCAAUUUUGGAUAGAGCUACGUCUUGAUUUAAUGACAGCAAUAGCCAGCUUAACUGAAGAUCGGCAUAAUCCAAGGCCUAACGCAAAUCAAUUGUGGAGGCUGUACUGGGCAAGUCAUCAGCGAUUCUUUCGGCAUAUGUGCAUGUCUGCAAAAGUACUUGCUGUUGUCGCAUUAGUGAAACGAGCAUUAUUGGAGGACAAAUGUGUUGUUAUUGGCCUACAGAGUACAGGAGAAGCUAGGACAGAGGAGGCUGUGAUGAAAUAUGGAGCUGAGCUUGAUGACUUUGUUUCGGGACCUCGGGAAUUGCUGCUAAAGUUAGUUGAAGACAGCUAUCCUCUUCCUGAAAAGCCAAUUCACAUACCAGAAAAUGACGGAAGUAGUGAAUAUGGUAGAAAGCGAUAUUUGGGACGUACAGUUGAUUUGCAUUUUAAAGGAAGAACAAGGAAAAUUGCAAGAUGUAACAAGGCUGCACAUGAUACUGAAACUGAUGCAGAGUCUGAAACUGAGUCUGUAUCCGAAUCUGAAGAUUCUGAUGAGGAGUACAAGUUUUGUUACAUCUGCGACGGUGAAGAUAGUCCACAAAAGCUUCUUUGUUGUUCCUUUUGUGGCAAUUUAGUGCAUCCUGCUUGUGUAAGUACUCCAGAAAUAGAGUCACAAGAAGGAAAUUGGUCAUGUCUUGAAUGCAAGAAACGGGCUGAGCAGACUCGGGCAUACAAUGCAGGAUUAUGGAAGAGGUAUGAGACUGCAAAACAGAGACAAAAUGAAAUUUUUGAAGCAAUUCGUAAACUAGACCUUCCUAUAAAUCCAUUGGAUGACAUCAUUAACCAGCUUGGUGGUCGUGAUGCUGUUGCAGAGAUGACUGGCAGGCGAGGAAGUGUAGUUCGAACUUCGAAUGGAAAAGUUUCUUAUCAAUCACGAAACACGAAGGAUGUUACUAUGGAAAUGGUGAACAUGAAUGAAAAGCAACUUUUCAUGGAUGGAAAAAAGCUGGUUGCAGUUAUUUCUGAGGCAGGAUCUGCUGGAGUAUCUUUGCAAGCAGACAGACGAGCAAAAAAUCAGAAGCGGAGAGUGCACAUAACAUUUGAAUUGCCAUGGAGUGCCGAUCGUGCAAUUCAACAACUUGGGCGUACACAUAGAUCCAACCAGGCUUGUGCUCCGGAAUAUAGAUUAGUUUUUACAAAUUUGGGAGGAGACCGUCGGUUUGCUUCCAUAGUUGCUAAACGGUUGGAAACUCUUGGGGCAUUGACACAAGGUGAUCGUAGGGCAGGGCCAUCUUUGAGUGCAUAUAAUUAUGACAGUGCUUAUGGAAAGAAAGCCCUCAGUAUGAUGUACAGGGCUAUCAUGGAACAAGGUGAUGCACCAAUUUUACCUCCACAUUGUUUAUCUGAAGAUUCAGAAAGAGUCAAUGAAUUUCAUAGGAAGGCAAGGGCAGCAUUGAUCUCAGUGGGAAUCAUUAGGGAUGCAUUGCCAGUUACAGAGAAACCUUCGGGUCGAAUACUUGAAACAGAUAUGCAUGAUAUUGGGCGUUUUUUGAAUCGUAUUUUGGGUAUACUCCCUGAUAUGCAAAACAGGCUUUUUGAGUAUUUUAGUAGUAUUUUAGAUAUUCUGGUGCAUGAUGCUCGCAAAGAAGGGGAGUUUGAUUCUGGAAUUGUUGACAUCAAAGCUAACUUUAUAAAGCUACAGGGUUCCCCAAAGACUGUACAUGUGGACCAAAUGUCUGGUGCAUCAACUACGCUGUUUACAUUACAAAUUGAUCGUGGAAUUGUAUGGGAGUCUGUAAAAGAGUUGUUGGAUCAAAACAUGAAGAAUUCUGUAAACCAGGCAGAUGGUGGAUUUUAUGAAUCAAGACGGGAAUGGCUUGGUCGAAAGCAUUGUUUGCUAGCCAUUGAAUGUGUGGGUUCAUCUCCGAAAACAUAUAAAAUUUUUCGACCUGCAAGUGGGGAGGCUUUGAGAGAAAUGACUCUUCCUGAACUUCGGGCCAAGUAUAAAAAACUAAAUUCACUAGAAAAGGCAAGCACACGCUGGAAGGAGGAGUUUGAAAUAUCAGCUGAACAGUGUAUGCAUGGACCUAAGUGUAAAGUUGGUGCUAGCUGCACUGUUGGAAAGAGAGUCCAAGAGUUUAAUAUCUUAGGUGGACUUAUUCUUCCUGUUUGGGGCAUGGUGGAAAAGUCUCUUUCAAAACAGGUGCGAACAAGUCACAGGCGAUUGCGUGUUGUGCGAUUAGAGACAACAUCUGAGAACAGGCGAAUAGUUGGCCUUCAUAUUCCAAAUCCUGCUGUCAAUUCCGUCUUACAAGGUCUUGACUGGAUUCAGAAUCCAGAUACUUGAAUUGAUGUAUCAAGUCAGGGUUUCCAACCAUAUUAUUUUAUUCCUGGAUUGGAGUAAAAAGAUCACGCAAAUGAAAAUCCUCGAUGUUUGAUUCUUUGGGAUCACAUUGAAGUAGAACGGAAUCUCAGCUGUUGGAAUGUACUGGAACCUGUGGUCUGCUCCGUCACACAGCUUAUUUCAGUUUUGUAUUGUAUUGAUCUGACACUGAGGUUCCCAUAAAAUAGGCUGCCUAAAAUGGAGCUCCCAUUGUGUUGGAUACUCUAGGUAAUUUGACAUGUUGAUUUAGUGUUUGAUCGUGAUGUGAAAUGCAUUAGCACUUAUCGGAAUGUUUAUGAUUAAUAGUGAUACCUUAUGCUACAUAUUUUUAUA